AUGUCAGCUAGCGACCCCCAUCCUACUUUCCAUCUUUUCCCAAACCUUCCUCCUGAACUUCGCCAUCAGAUAUGGCUUAAUGCAUUGCCAACCCUCAAGCCGUCCAUUCAUUUCUACCAUAGGGGUUGCUGGCGUCAUCAGCCACUUGAUCCAUCCGAUGAGGAUUAUGGCCUGGACGAUGAAGGUCCCCCGGUUUCCUUUCGACUUGAGUUAGUCAAGAAGACGUGGCUUGAAGUUCCCAUGGUGUAUGUGAAUCAUGAAUCACGGCAAGCUACACUCAAAUGGGCAGAGCAACAUGGAUUACCACUCUGCUCCCUCCCAGAUACAGAGCGCCUGGUAUUUCUACGCUCCUUCAAUACAAACAUUGAUGCGCUUGGCGUUCCAUAUGAAGAGUGGGAGAAUCUUAUUCUCGAGCUUACCGAUCUUCUUUCGGAGCCUGAUCUUAUCAAUCAGAUUGUGACGCCAAUCUCAGCUAUCAAGAGUUUCAUUCUCUCAGAACGGAUGCUCAAAAGUUGUGUCUCUGAGCUUGGUGACUUAUUUGAUGUCUAUGGUGGGGCAACAAUUUACAUUAUUGAUGGUGAAAUGCCAGAACUAGACGCAGCAAGUUCCGCCACAGGGUUGCUGCAAUCAUGGGAAUAUGAGCCUUCUGGAGGGAAGGGCUGGAGAUGGGAUCCAGAACAACGCAGGUUUGCGGUCCAGGAGAAUACUCAAAUUAGAAGCCCGACAUUAUAUGCGCUGAUGGAAGAGGCUGCUAGGGUGCUUACUGAGGCUACUUCUAUGACAUAG